AUGCUUCGCGCCUCUGUACUCCUGCGCGGUGUGAGCCCCUUCACACUCUUCUUGAUGGACCACAAGAACAACCCGGAGCUCAAAGGAUGCGCCAUCUCGAAGCGGGGGCGCAUCCUCUCAAAGAUGUACAAGGAGCUCUCGCAGAAUCAGCGGCGCGAGCUGAAGCAGCGGGCGGCGCGCCACCCGACCCUCUCGAAGAUGACGCGACAAGAGCGGGAGUCCGCCGCGCGGGCCGCGAAGGGUAGACACAAAGGGGGGUUCGCAGAGUUUGUGCGAGAUAACUACCACAAGGUGAGGCAGCUCAACUACCGCAAGCGCUUUGCGGCUCUCUCGCAGCUCUACGAUGUCUCAAAGCCCCUAGACGUUGAGAAUGAAGUUGCAAAAGUUCUACGCACAAAAAAGAGUCCCGUAAAGGCAAACGCAGAGUUGGCAAAGAAGGCGGUAGCCGCCGGGAAAGCAAAAGUGGCCAGCAGUAGAACGACAAAACAGAACCACAUCAAGAGCGGUAAGAAGAAAAUAAAGGAGAUCGCCAAGACGGUGAGGCGUGGUGCGAAAUAG